AGGGUUUAUCACUAGUGACAUCAAAAUACCGACGGCGCGAUGCACAAGAACGGAAACAAUGGACCUGUCAUUGACACAAAAUGGCACUAUCUCGGCCCUGACAGUGAAAAAUAUGGACCAUAUAUGUCAAAGGAUAUGCUGUUCUGGCUUCAAGCGGGAUACUUCAACGACGGUCUCCAAUUGAAAACUGAAAAUGAGCCAAACUAUCAUACGCUUGGAGAGUGGAGCCAAUUGCUCGGAACUCACCCAUUCAGUAUGCCUGUGCACUCACUGGAUGCGACGAUUGCUCAGAUGAACUCAAUGCGGCCUCACGGAGCAAUGAUGAUGGUUCCACCUGGACUUCAAAAUCAAUUCCAACCACCGAUGCCGAUGCGUUUCCCACCAUUCCUUCCAAUGCCGCUUCUCCAUCAAAUGAAUCAAAAUGGACCACCAAUGGGUGCUCAAAUGCAUUCUCAGCCACCAUCGGAGCCAAUCGACGCUGGAUCUCUGUCCCAUACCCCAGAUUCCGAGAACGAAACGCGGUUAAACGAGCAAACUCUCCAGCAGCCUCCAUCGUGGCUAAUUGCCCUUGGCCUGGCGGGACAUGGUCGUAAGCCACACCAUCAUCAGCAAAUUCUUGCCCAUCAGCACAUCCCACAGAUGCAGCACGCUAAUGUUGCCACCGACCAAGUUGUGAUGAAGAGCGUCGAGUGCCAGACAGAGCCAGUUGAGAUUUCAAAGGAACAGGCUUCUCGUGUUCUUUCCGAGUUGCUCGGACAAAUGGUUAUCAUCAACUAAAUCUUCUCUUCAUUUUCCUUCUUUGCCGUCUACAAUCUACAGUUUAUUCCCGUUCAUAUUGUUAAACCGUCUGCUUGCUCGAGAAUUGAGGCAAAUCGUUCGAACCCGUGUGUGACAUUCUGAGGGUUUCCGUAGUUUUGCAGCAAUUCGCGAGCCAUAACUCAUUGACCCCGUAUUAGUUUGUUGGACUCAUCACACAUUUUCCCCCAUUUAUCCAUGUCUAUCAUUAUCGACCGCUACCGUUUUAUUCUUUUUCCACCUCCCCCCUCAUCCUUCGCAUUCAUGAUAAUGUUGAUAUAUUCAAUUUUUGUUCAUUUUGCCUUUUCUCUCUACUUGUCCCUUCGAUUUCCCCCUCAUCAUCACCCACGUCUCCAUGCUUUAUAGCCCCGAGUUUUUCCCUUCCAGUUUUUCUUUUUUCUAUUUAUCUCUUUUUCAUUAUUAUGUGUUGUUUUAUUUCCCAAUUUCUUUUAAUAUUUAAUUUCCUCCCGAAAUGUUCCAUUAUCCCCAUUUAUAUGUUCCCACCGUUUUAGUAGGCUUUUAUUCUGCUCUCAUUUGGUAACCUGAUUUCCUUCUCACUGUUUGAACCGCAAACAUAAUGAAGAGUUCAUUUGUGA